AUGCACCUGCCCCCAAAAACCUUUCGUAAAACCAGAAAAGAAAUCCUAAAAAACCCCCAAGAUAACUCCUCGGGGCCCAAUGAAACACUCCCCUCCCGGAAAAAACUUCCCCAAAAACCUAAGAGAACCCUAAAAAAAACGACCCCCACUUCAUCCCCAAAACCAGAGGCCCCCCAAAGGGGGAAUCCCCCCCCCAAAAACGGUUCCCAAAAGAGAAUCCCCCAAAAGCACGACUCCCCAAGAGAAAAUCCCCAAGCCCCCCGAGGCUCCCCGGGGGAGAACCCCCAAGCAGGGGGCCCUCCCCAAAGAGGAGAACCCCAAAAGGCUCCCCAGAGGAGAACCCCCAAACAGGGGUUCCCCAAGAGGAAAAUCCCCAAGCACGAGGCUCCCCAAGAGGAGAAUCCCCAAGCACGAGGCUCCCCAAGAGGAGAAUCCCCAAGCACGAGGCUCCCCAAGAGGAGAAUCCCCAAGCACGAGGCUCCCCAAGAGGAAACCCCCCAAGCACGAGCUCCCCAAGAGGAGAAUCCCCAAGCACGAGGCUCCCCAAGAGGAGAUCCCAAGCACGAGCUCCCCAAGGAGAAUAACACUCCAGACACGAGGCCCCAAAGAGAAUCCCCAGCCGAGCUCCCCAAGGGAGAUAUCCCCAGCAGACUCCCCAAGGAGGAGAACCAACACCGCUCCCUUCGCUCGCAGGAGCACAGCACGAAGCGUCACAUUACAAUCUACAAACGAAGGUCCACCAUUGAGAGCGAACACUACCGACUAGCGGAGAGAGAUGACACUCACCCCCAUAAAAUCAAGUCAGAUCAAGUGACCAAUCUAAGAGAAGCAACAAUCGACCAUGGAGGAAACGCCCAUAACGCAUCAAGGCUCACCAGAGAUCCAGUCCCCAACAGCACUCCUCCCACUGAAAACAAAAGGCUUCCCCUCCUAGAGAAAUCCCCAGCACGAGGCUCCCCAAGAGGAGAAUCCCCAAACGACGGACUCCUUAAAACAACAAGCAAUUCUCCAAGCAAAAGCCCAGUUCUUCCCAGGUCACAGGAUCCAGCAAGCUCCAGCAGCAGACUCCCCAACAGCAUCCAUAGCAUCUGCAAGCUCUCCACCAACAAGGCCAAGCUCUCCAGACCUUCAACAGCAAGCUCUUCAGCAGCAGUCUCCCUAGUGAGCUCCUUAAUAACAGCUUCUUCGUUAGAAGACUCCCCGACAGAAUUUUCCCUAAGUGCCACAUUUCCCCUUAAGGUUUUCCUUAACAUAAUUUCCCCAAAACAACAGGAGGCUCUCCAACGCAAUGCUCCCCGAAGUAACAGACUCCCCAGUAUAUUUUUCCCAAAUAACAGACUCCGCACAAGCUCCCUAGCAGCCUUCUCUACAAGUUUCCCACUACAAUUCUCCCCAAACACAAGCUCCCUACCACCGUUCUCCCCCAUUCUCCGCCGUAGCUAA